AUGGAGGUUCAGGAAAGCGGCAGUGGCGCGGCCGAGGUCGUGGCCCAGGAUACAGCCCCUGCACCCAGCAAGGCCUCUAGCAGUGCCAGUCACUACGAGCUGCCGUGGGUUGAAAAGUAUAGACCAGUAAAGCUGAAUGAAAUUGUUGGGAAUGAAGAUACUGUGAGCAGACUGGAGGUCUUUGCAAGAGAAGGGAAUGUGCCCAACAUUAUAAUUGCCGGGCCCCCAGGAACUGGGAAAACUACCAGCAUCCUGUGUUUGGCACGAGCCUUGCUGGGCCCAGCACUUAAGGACGCCGUCCUGGAACUCAAUGCUUCCAAUGACAGAGGCAUUGACGUCGUGAGGAAUAAAAUCAAAAUGUUUGCCCAACAGAAAGUGACCCUUCCCAGAGGCCGGCAUAAGAUCAUCAUCCUGGACGAAGCAGACAGCAUGACGGAUGGCGCCCAGCAGGCCUUGAGGAGAACCAUGGAAAUCUACUCCAAAACAACCCGUUUUGCUCUCGCUUGCAACGCUUCGGAUAAAAUCAUAGAGCCCAUUCAGUCCCGGUGUGCCGUGCUCCGCUACACGAAGCUGACAGAUGCCCAGAUCCUGGCGAGGCUGAUGAGUGUGAUCGAGAAAGAGAAGGUGCCGUACACGGACGAUGGCCUGGAAGCCAUCAUCUUUACUGCCCAGGGAGACAUGAGGCAGGCAUUGAACAACCUGCAGUCCACCUUCUCAGGGUUUGGCUUUAUCAACAGUGAGAACGUGUUCAAGGUGUGCGACGAGCCCCACCCCUUGCUUGUGAAGGAGAUGAUCCAGCACUGUGUGAAUGCCGACAUUGACGAAGCCUACAAGAUUCUUGCUCACCUGUGGCAUCUUGGCUAUUCACCAGAAGACAUCAUUGGCAACAUCUUUCGAGUGUGUAAAACCUUCCAAAUGGCAGAAUACUUGAAACUGGAAUUUAUUAAGGAGAUUGGAUACACUCAUAUGAAAAUUGCAGAAGGUGUGAACUCCCUCUUGCAGAUGGCGGGGCUCCUGGCCCGGCUGUGUCAGAAGACGAUAGCCCCAGUGGCCAGUUAG